AUGGAAGACCUUGUGGCUAAAGGAGAGGACGCGGUGAGCAAGGCAAGCGACGUGGCGGCAGCUGUGGGCUCGGCAGGUUCCGAAGCCGUGACAGCCAUGGGCAGUCUUGGGGUGGGCAAGGCGAUGAAAGAAAAUGAUCUAACUGGUAUUGGCAGCGAUGUUGUAAAUGCUACUGAAGAACUCGCCUCUCUCGGCAAGAAAGACACCAUUGCAACCGGCCAAGCAGCUGCUAAAGUCUCUUCUCCAGGUGAACAAGGUGCGGCCACGGCGGGCGAUACGUUGCUGCGUGCUGCCGCAUCAGGAACGGAUUCUGUUGUGACUGCUGGAGGCAAAGCGCUGGAGGCUGCAAAGCGCACAGCUAGUGCUGGAAAGGGUGGAGCGGCUGCAGACGGGGAAACAGUGUUAGAUGCUGGUGGCAAAGCAGUCGGCGGUACGGUGGAGAGAGCAAAAUCCGCUUGGAGAGCAUUCACCAAUUUCUUCAAGCGCUUAUUCGGGAUGCAGCUGUCAGCAACGCCCCGUGUACGUAGGCGGGAACUGAGCAACGACAAAGUUGCCGAGCAGAUGAACGGAGACGGUGCGGAGCAACGCACACACAAGGUGAAAACAUAA